AUGGCAGCUGAGAUGGACGUCUCGAUGAGCGUGAGGGUCUUCGAAGAGUUGACUUUCACGAAGGCGGAGCCAAACAGGAUCUUCUCGGUGAAAAUGCGUUCGAACUACAACGUUUUGACCCGUCAUCCAAAUAAGACGCAGGAUUGGCAACGCGCGUAUUUCUUUGUGAAAUCCGAUGAACAUGCUUUCGAAGAGCCGCCGGGGGACGACUACCACGUUCUGUGGAACCGGCAACUCGUUCAUCAUCCGAAUACGAUCGCCUACCCCGAGAAGUUUUUCGAAAGUGCUCAAGCGAUCGCGGCGUAUAGUCAUCUUCGUUGGCCGGAUCUUAGUCGGGAGUGGAUACGUCAUCAGCAAGCUAGGAUCGCUAAAGUUGAUUGGGAGUCGAGGCUUCCUUGCGUUCUCGGUCCCCGUAAGUCACACCUUCCUUUGUUUACUCACAAACAACAGAGACUUCUCGACAAAGCUAGAGAAAUGGACGGGGUUCCGGACCUAAGCGCUCUGUUAAAAGGGAAGUUGCAACUGCUCACGAAGAAGUCGACUAUAGUCGAUCCUCAGGGACCGUCUAACUCCGGAGUUGACGUCACUUUUGAAGAGACUUCUGCUUCUGGUCCUAAGAAGAGGAAGAAAAAGACCAAGAGGACUAAGGUGGGAGCGACCGACGAGGUUCCUCCCGAAGAGUCUGCUCCCGUCGAUGCGACUUCCGAGGGUUCGAAGUCCAAAAAGAAGAAGGAUGGGAGAAAAAAGUCUCGUGGCGGAGAAGAAGAGCAAGAGGCCGUUUUAGUCAGGGCGGCAUCAGGUGGUCACCCGAGGAAGAGAACUAAGAGGUCUGUUGAGGCAGAGCCACACCCUUCUACCUCCGACGCGAACAUUGCUGACGCGGCCAUAGUCGACGCUGUUGGGGAAGCCAGCGGUACUCCUGGAAACUUGUCAGAGGAAAGGAGGAAAACCUGCUCGCGAGAAGGAGGUUCUGGUGGUGAGCCCGCGAGGUCUACUCCAGACUCUCCUGCGAGAAAAAGGUCUGGAUCUGAAGGUUCCGUUGCGAAGAGGAGGAGGGUCGAAUUCCCUGAUCGCGUCGAGUUUUCCUAUAACGAGACAACUCCCCUGAUCCUUAAUCCCCUUAGGUGUGUGGAGCUGACGCGUCAAAUUCGUGGUGGGACGAAGGAGAUGCCGCAAUUGGAAGACCUUUACUUCAAGAAUGAAUACAUCGACGCUGCUUCCUCGAGAGCGCGGAGUGACGGGAGCAUGAACUUCCUCGUUGAGAAAUACGACAGCGCCCUGAAGCAGACGAUGAUCCAGUUGGGAUCUUCGGAGAAGCUCGCUCAAGCAAGAUUGAAGGCCAUUGAGAGGAUGAGGGAUGAGCAUAAAAAUGCUAACGAGAAGGCUGCGAAGGAGAAAGAAGUCCUUCGAGUGAAGUUCGAAGAGCUGGAGGGUAAGCUCAAAUCCGCCGGUGCGACCAAGAAAGAGCUUGCCCGAGAGAACACCCGUUUGGAGCAAGCGACUGCGACCCUUGAAAAGGAGAAGACAGAGCUACUCGAGGAAAGGGACGUUGCGGUUGAUAAAUUGAUCAGAGAGAGGCAACGCUUGAAAGACUCCCGGGGACUCGAGGUUACUCGUGAGAGGGAAAGGGUCGAAGCUGCUAUGAUCGAGAAGGCAAACGGCUGCUUUGGUCGCGGCGCGACCAUCUAA